AAAACCAAAUAAAAACCCUAGCUACGUUCAGAUAUAGUCGCUGAUCUCCUCUCUAUUCUCACACUCUCCCGAUUCCCCGCCGCCUGCCCCCCACCCGAUUUUCACUUUCCGAUGGCACCGAAGAAGGACAAGGCUCCGCCGCCGUCAUCCAAGCCGGCGAAAUCCGGAGGCGGCAAACAGAAGAAGAAGAAGUGGAGCAAGGGAAAGCAAAAGGAGAAGGUGAACAACAUGGUGUUGUUUGACAAGGCGACAUACGACAAGUUGCUGUCAGAGGCGCCCAAGUACAAGCUCAUCACUCCCUCGGUGCUAUCAGAUCGUCUUCGGUAUGAGAUUGUGACAAUGAUGAUGAUCAGUGGAUCUCUAGCUAGGAAAGCAAUUAGGGAAUUGAUGGCCAGAGGUUUAAUCAGAAUGGUGUCGGCUCAUUCGAGCCAGCAGAUCUACACCAGAGCCACUAACACCUAGGUGUUAUAUUUUCUUGUAUUUCGAAGUCGCAAAUGUUCCUUUUUAUUUUCUGGUUAAAAACUCCAAUUUUCCUUUGUGUUAAUUUUAUUUUGUGAAAGAUGUUAAGACUUGAGGUGUCAGUUUUUGCUUUGUUUGAUUGAGUUGUCAUCAGUAUUAUGAAUUUCAUAUAAUCUGAUUGUGUUGUGGUUUUACUUGUGUGAUGCUAUAGCAAUUUAGCAACUCCAUUACAAUAAAAACCAGAUUAACAGUAUUUUGAAAACAGCAGUGGAUAAUAAGCAUGAAAACAAAUAUAAUUUUCAGGGAUGGCAAAGUAUGCUAUUGUUUUGUGUUCAUGUAAUAGUAUCGUGUUUUUAUUUUGUAUUUUGGGUCAUGCUGUGCC